UCCUCGCACAGGUCCACAGAGUUGGAUUCUAACUGGAACUGGUUCCAGCUGAGGUGUAUGCAAGUGGGCAGCAACGCCAACGCGACUGCUUUCUUCCGCCAGCAUGGCUGCACUACCACAGAUGCCAACGCUAAGUAUAACAGUCGAGCUGCCCAGAUGUACAGGGAGAAGAUCCGACAGCUGGCAAGUGCUGCCAUGGCCAAGUAUGGCACUGAUCUGCUUAUAGAUGGACUGAGUGGAGCCCCUGGGCACUCCCCUGACAAGAGCGAUGCUGAUUUCUUCAUGGAGCACACACAGUCUUCCAGUACCUGGGAUGUAGCAGAUGCCAGCCAGAACCCUGCACAGUCUUCCCUGGAGGCGGAAAAAGCAGCAAAAUCAUCAGAAGGCAGUGAAGUGUUGAGUUCCAGCCAAGGCCCAUCUAUUGACUUGUUGAGCACAUCUCCUAAAGCUCCUCUAGAACUUAAAUCCUCCCUCAUUGGAAAGAAGAAGCCAGGAGCUGCCAAGAAAGGGUUGGGUGCAAAAAAAGGCCUUGGAGCCCAGAAAGUGAGCAGCCAGAGCUUCAGUGAGAUUGAGCGGCAAGCUCAGGUGGCAGAGCAGCUGAGGGAGCAGCAGGCAGUGGAGUCCAGGAAACAAGCUGAAGAAUCCAUUGACCUGGUACCCACCAUAGCUCUUUCCUUUAGAGUCCCAAAGAGGGAGGAGAAGAAACUUCAGAACCUUGAAGGGAAGAAGCGUGAACAAGCUGAGAGGCUGGGCAUGGGCUUGGUGUCCAGAAGUUCUGUUUCACACUCGGUGAUGUCUGAGAUGCAAGUAAUUGAGCAGGAGACGCCGCUGGUCGCAAAAUCUUCCCGCUCCCAAUUGGACUUGUUUGAAGAUGCUGGAGGCUUCACAUCUGGACCCCCCAAGUACAAAUAUAAUCCCUUCUCAUUCGAAGAUGCAUUUGGCUCACGAUGGGAAACGGACGCUUCAUGGGGCAUGGACAAAGAGGAGGAACCUGAGGUGACCAUUUCCAGUAUUCGGCCAGUUUCAGAGAGACCCAUCAGUAGGCGGGAGACGGAGAAUAGGACAUCAGUUGUGGAAUCCAGCGAAGCUCGGCAGAAGUUUGCAGGGGCUAAAGCCAUCUCUUCGGAUAUGUUCUUCGGGCGGGAGGCAGAUGUUGAGUAUGAAGCCAGAUCCCGACUGCAGCAGCUCUCGGGCAGCAGUGCCAUCAGCUCUGCAGACCUGUUUGGAGAGGCUGACAAUGCGCACUCAGGUGGUGUGUCAAUUGGAAACGUCCUGCCUACAGCUGACAUUGCACAGUUCAAGCAAGGAGUGAAAUCAGUUGCUGGCAAGAUGGCUGUCCUAGCCAAUGGGGUGAUGAACUCCCUCCAGGAUCGUUAUGGCUCAUAUUGAUGACGCAGGGACUGCAAAUCACAGGGAAGCCAGCGAGAGGCACUGAUGUCACCUUUGCCUGGAGUAAACUCUGCAGGAUUGUCUUAGUUUGUCUGGGGUGGGUGGGGAGGGGAGAAGGUAUGCAGAGGCGGUCAGGACAUGGCUGCGCCCAGGAUGCUUUCCAAAUAUCUCUGGAUUCCACUCUAUUAAAAUUCAGUGUGCUCUCAUACCCACUGCUACCUACUAGCCAGUGGAGACAGGCCUUCUCACAGGGUUAACCUCGCUGCUAUAAACGAUAUGACAGGAACUCCUGGGCUGCUCUC